GGCGGCGCGGGCCGGCCGGCCGGGUUGUGCACCUGCGCCUCGGCGGGCCGCCUGGGGCAGCGUCCCCGGCCCGCCGGCCCCGCCAUGGCCAGGCCGCAGAGGGCUCCGGCGCGCAGCCCCGACAGCAUCGUCGAGGUGAAGAGCAAAUUUGAUGCCGAGUUCCGACGCUUCGCGCUGCCCCGCGCUUCGGUGAACGGCUUCCAAGAGUUCUCCCGGUUGCUGCGUGCGGUGCACCAGAUCCCAGGUCUGGACGUGCUGCUCGGCUACACGGAUGCUCACGGCGACCUACUGCCCCUCACCAACGACGACAGCCUGCACCGGGCCCUGGCCAGUGGGCCCCCACCGCUACGCCUGCUGGUGCAGAAGCGGGCAGCUGACUCCAGCAGCCUGGCUUUUGCUUCCAACUCUCUGCAGCGGCGCAAGAAAGGGCUCCUACUUCGGCCAGUGGCACCCCUGCGCACCCGGCCACCCCUGCUAAUCAGCCUGCCCCAAGAUUUCCGCCAGGUUUCUUCAGUCAUAGAUGUGGACCUACUGCCUGAGACCCACCGACGGGUGCGCCUGCACAAGCAUGGUUCUGACCGCCCUCUGGGCUUCUAUAUCCGAGAUGGGAUGAGCGUUCGUGUGGCUCCCCAGGGCCUAGAGCGCGUGCCAGGCAUCUUCAUCUCCCGCCUGGUACGAGGGGGCCUGGCUGAGAGUACGGGGCUGCUGGCUGUCAGUGAUGAAAUCCUCGAGGUCAACGGCAUAGAGGUGGCUGGAAAGACCUUGGACCAAGUGACAGAUAUGAUGGUCGCCAACAGCCACAACCUUAUUGUCACUGUCAAGCCAGCCAACCAGCGCAAUAAUGUGGUGCGUGGGGCAUCUGGGCGUCUGACGGGGUCUCGCUCUGCUGGGCCUGGGCCUGUUGAGCCUGAUAGUGAUGACGACAGCCGCGAUCUGGUCAUUGAGAACCGCCAGCCUCCCUGUUCCAAUGGGCUGUCUCAAGGGCCUUCCUGCUGGGACCUGCAUCCGGGCCGCCUACUUCCUGAUGCCCGCAGCUCUCUGCCGUCCCUGGAUGAUCAGGAGCAGGCCAGCCCUGGUUGGGGGAGCAGCAUGCGAGGGGAUGGUAGUGGCUUCAGCCUCUGACAGGCACGAAGGCAGCCCUUGCCACUCCAGGCUGCUGGGACAUGGCAGGGACUUGCCCAGGGGGGGCUUUCCAGCUCGCUACAGGACCCUUUCAGUCUGGGGAACAUUAAAGAUUUUCUACAAAU